UAUCUCUGCGCAUGUCCCAUAUUUGCCAUCCUGUAUAGGUUGUUGCUGUUCCUACAUGGUACCUUUACAGACAUUCAUCCGUGAUCAGAAGAUGAAUCUCAGGCUCCAGUCUGUCAGUGUAGCAUCCGACAUAUGUCCUUUUUGUACAUACGGGUGACCUCAAUUCGAGACGCCAGAUAGGAACACCGCCAGUUCUUUUCCGUCAAAAUAUUGGAUAGUUUGGUUUUAUUUGAGCAUAGCGUAUAUAUGUAGUGUGGAGAGUCAAUUAAUUUCAGUGUGAGACGCCAGCAGUUUUGGCACUGAUUAAAGAUUGUUAUCUGCUUGUGGAUGCAGGAGUGAUUACUUCUGAAUCCAGCUAAAAAGCCAAAAUUGUUUAUUGACAAUAUUGGAUAGGAUUUUUUUUAAACAAGUGGAUUUCACUGUCAAGUUCAGAACCUGUGCAGCCGGAGUCAUGGAAUAUUGUUAGAGUUCACUGCUCAUGGUGUUACAGUUGGAUUAAAUAAUAUUCAAGCAAUGUAUUUAUGUUCAAUCAAUAAGCAUAAAGUAAUAUUUAAUAUUAAGUGCCAAAUAACUAGUUUCAAUAACAGUGUGUAAAAUAAUAUCAGUAUCCCACAAUCGUCACUGUUAUUUUAAUUUGAUUAGUGCUGAAUCAAGGUAAAGUGCAACAUCUAAUUAAAUAUGCGGCGAGACGAAAGCUAUAGGCGAAUUACUCGGGAAAAGGUGGUGGUAAGAGGUAAUACCACUAUUCGGACGCUUGAUUCUACCGUAUCCUUUCUGCCUAUAGUAGACACCUCACAGCCUUCCACGUCCAGUUUCCAGCAUAUGGCCCGGAUGAUGGAUACGCUGAUAUUGGAUAAUUUAGCGCCAUUCGCGUUCACCAAAAUUACUACCACUCAUCGGCCAUCAAGGAUCGCUGCAACGAACCUCGGACCGGCGAACGUAUCGUCGGGUGGUUCCGGGAUAGGUGGUGUUCCCGGCAUGGGAGGAGGAGUGAAGAAGGCGACUAGCACAUCCAACGUGUCGACCAGUUGCGGCAGUAGCAGUGGUGGUGGCGGAGGAGGAGGAGGAGGAGGCGUCGGCAGCUCGUCGAUCCGUGUCAACCUGCAGAGGAAUAAACUUCCCACACAAGAUUCUCUACUUCCAGAAGUUCAUCCAAAUCCCCGGCAUGCCAGUAUGGCGGCUUCCAACGCUUCGUCUCCACCCACGGCAACCGACUCCCGCUGGAUAUCUUCACUGCGACGUCGAGACCCAGAACUUCAGCCUACGCUGCCUUCAAUCAACAAUUCCAAUCACCAGAGUACCUCGUCGUUGACGCAUCAGAACAGUGUCGGAUAUGCCAGCUCAACAAACACUCUUAGCGAGCGACGAAGUAGCCGGAACAGUGGCCAGAAGUCCUCACUCCGGAAGAGUCGAUCCGUGGAACGGAUUAGAGCGAGGAAGCUGGCUACUUCUAAAAUAAAGGAGCGCCCGAAAAAAUCUUCAUCCGAGGAGGGGGGCGGAUCUGACGAUCAAGAAGUUACCUCGGUAGAGGAGAAUUCUCCACAGCAGCAGCAUUCGCCAAUGAAGCGAAUUGAGAAACCGAAAAUCUUCAGUUCUCUCGGGUACGAGUCUCAUUUGGUAGAUACGUUAGAGAAAGAUAUGCUUCAAAAGAAUCCCAACGUGCAGUGGAACGAUGUCGCCGGAUUAAAUGAAGCUAAAUCAAUUCUGCAGGAGGCAGUUGUGCUUCCUGUUAUUUUGCCCGAUUUCUUCCGCGGUAUUCGACGUCCCUGGAAAGGAGUUUUGAUGGUUGGUCCCCCGGGAACGGGUAAAACGAUGUUGGCGAAGGCAGUUGCCACAGAAUGCGGGACCACAUUCUUCAAUGUGUCUUCUAGUACGUUAACUUCUAAAUAUCGCGGAGAAAGCGAGAAGCUUGUUAGGCUACUGUUCGAAAUGGCUCGCUUCUACGCGCCCAGUACGAUCUUCAUCGACGAGAUUGAUUCGUUGUGCGCCUGCAGGGGAAGCGACUCAGAACACGAGGCCAGUCGACGAUUCAAGGCGGAAUUGUUGAUUCAAAUGGAUGGUUUGAAUGCUUCCAGUGACGAAAAGAUCAUCAUGGUACUAGCAGCAACAAAUCACCCGUGGGAUAUCGACGAAGCUUUCAGGCGACGAUUCGAGAAACGAGUCUACAUCGGUCUUCCGAAUGAUAACACCAGAAAAGCUUUAACGGAACUUUGUCUGAAAGGCGUAAAUGUAUCACCGGAUCUCGAUAUGGAGGGAAUAUCGGAACAACUAAGAGGUUAUACCGGAUCGGACAUUGCUAAUGUUUGUCGGGACGCUGCCAUGAUGGCGAUGAGACGACACAUCAACGGGCUAAGUCCAUCGGAAAUCAAAAUGAUCCGCCGUGAAGAGGUAGAUCUUCCAGUUACCGCGCAGGACUUCCAGGAUGCGAUGGUGAAGACCCGUAAAUCGGUUUCUGCUAAUGACGUUACCCGUUAUGAAACGUGGAUGGAUGAGUACGGAUCGUGCUAGUGUUACAUCUAAGCUCAAUUAGUGAUCUGCAUGGUUGUUCGAUCGCUGCGAUGACUACUGAUUACUUAAUUUAUUUAUACUUUGUCUAACAUCUUAAUCGACUAUCUCAAGCGAACAUAAUGAUUCUCCAAUACCACUGUGUUCAUUAAUAAUGUUCAGAAGCGACCACAAAUGUUAAGUUAUACUCCAUCUCAAAUUUGUUAGAUUAAACUGACAGUGAUAGUGCAAUUGUCCUGCGAUUUCCACGGCGGUCGAUGGUCAUAGCAUUCGGAUUAUAUCUGACAAAGCUGGCAAUAUUUCAAAUGUAGUGUUUUGUGUUUAUUACUAUGAGGUUUGAAUUAUUAUAUGCUUUACACUUUACUCAUACCAUCAUUUAAAUAUAAUUGUAAAGUAAUGUUGAUAAUGUUGUCCUUAAAUAUUGCAAAUAAAGAAAUCGCUGAGAUAAUCCUUA